AUGAUACCAACAGACAGAAAGUAUCAAUUUUCAAAUGGUGUUUCAACUACCACUACGAAUCAACAGCAGCAAUUCAGAGUAUCACCUGUAUUAGGUGGAAUUGGUGUUGGAAGACCUUCUUCUUCUUACACUGAUAGCAGUUCAUUGCCAACAACAACAACAACUGCUACCACUACACAAAAUAAUAGUAAUAAUAAUAAUAAUAUACCAGUAGCAAAUAAUUAUUCAGAAGAAAUAGUAGAUCAUCUUCAUUUAAGAAAUAAUAAUAAUCUGGAAGUAGAGGAGACAUUGAACAAUAAGAAAAUAGAGUAUUGGAAGCAUAUGUAUGAGAAUGAGACGAAAGAUCAUGGCUAUACAACGGCACAGUUGAUCCAUUCACAAAAGUUGAAUCACUAUAUAUUCGAAUCGCUCAAGGAUGUCAUUGCUAUGGUCGACACCAACGUAUCGAUCACUGAAAACGACUCUGCAGAAUCAACAAUCGAACAACUAAAACAAAUGGUUUGGAGUUUAAUGAAUAGUCAUAACAAUAUUAACAACAAUAUAUCAAUGGAUACAACAACAACAUCAUCAUCAUCAUCAUCAUCUACUUUUACAAAUGGUGGCAACACCAGUCAGAGACAACAAAGAAUCUGGUGGAAUUGA